GGUCAAUUCUAAGUGAGACCCCACCGGGAACGCGCGUGUCUUUGCUCGGUUGUCGUAUCCGGUCCGGUACCCGUGGUUCACGUGUUUGUUUAUUUCCCUUAUCGGCGGUUCGCUUUCAUGCGUUCGUGCGUGCGUGCGUGCGUGUCUGGCUGCCUACCGAGUGCAUCCACUGUGGGAAAAAGCUACGAUUCUUUGUGUGCGUGUUUCUUGUCAGAUUCCAUCUUCCGAAAGUGAUCAAUAAAGUGCGCGGGUGAUAUCGAAACGUCACACUUGCUUGCCAGAGGCUGCGUUAUCUUUCGUCACCUGGACGCGAGUGCAAGUGUCCAAGUGGUAGUUGUGUGUUUUUGUUGGUGUGUGUGUGUGUACGUGUGUAGAUAAGCAGCGCGGAGAUGGGAAAAAUCUCCGGAAGUCACUGUCUCGUCCUUGGCUGCCGCAAUCGGCAGCUGCUGAACCAGGCCAACACACGCUCCUAUUUCCGCUUUCCGCGAGAUGCCGACCUCUGCAAGAAGUGGGUCGACUUUUGCAACCGUCCGGAGCUCUACAAAAAGUACGACGAGAACGGGCCCGAAUAUCUGUAUAAAAGUUCCCGCAUCUGCUCGGACCACUUUCAGCCGACGGAUUUCAACAAUGCCAAUCUCUUCAGCCAAGGGCUCAAGAAAGGCUCAAUUCCCUCGGUAAACCCAGCGACCAGCGAUUCGAAACCAAAUGUCGGCAAUGGAGGCGGUGCUGGAGGAGGAGGCAGUGGAAGCAGCAAUGGUGCUGGCUCACCGAUCGACGAGAAGCUCCUAUCGGCGGCCGUGGCGGCGGCGAUCCCGAAUCUACACUCCAACCUGUCGCUGAUGAUGGCGGCUGCCGUGGCUGCCGCCGCCCAGAACCAAUCCCACAACGCUAACCAGCUGCUCGCCCUACCGACCAACCUGAAACGGUCCGCUUCGUCCAUGAGCGGGGGCAGUAUGGUCGCCACCAGUCAGGCAACCUCGGGCGGUCAAGCUACCACCACGACGACGACGCCCGUUUCAUCAAAGCGCAACAGGGCGGUACCGCCACUGGCUGCACCUACCGGCGCACUUGCCAACCUCAUCCAGCGCCAGCAGCAGAUUAAGGAGCAGCAGAUGAAGGAACAGCAGCGGAAAGCGGCCGCGCUUGCUGUCGGUGGACUUGUCAACGGGCAGGUGUCCAUCACGCCGGCCAUCUUCGGUUCCGGUACGUCGCCGAACAGCAACAGCAAUGGUGGAGCGAUCUCGCUCGUAACAACGAAAAAGUCCAGUGCCAACAGUCACAGCAACAACAACAACAACAACAACAACGUGAGCAAUCACAACCACAACCACAACCAUGGCAAGCUGAACAGCAGUGGGCGAGGGCGUUUGGAGCAGCAGCAUCGGGACCAUAGCGAGUAUGGGCUGAACAUGGUCGAUAUGGACAUGACCGGCGGAGAAUCGUCCGAAGGUGACUCGAGCUACCAAAACUCGGCCGACGAGGACUUUGCGUACCACCAGAAGCUGAAGGUCGCCAAGGUGGAAGCGGUCAUACCACCGUCGCUCAAGUCGCAGCUCACCGUAACGCCGGCGGCCGCCAACAACGUCACCACCAUCACCACCUCCACCCCGAACAUCAACAACAACAGCAUCCACAACGUGAACGCGAACGGGAGCGGCGUGGAGGAGAUCAACGUCGACUACAAAGAGAAGUACGAGCAAACGCUCAAGGAGCUGUUCGCCUGUCGGAAGAUCGUCAAGAACCAGAACAAAGCGAUCCAGCAGCAGCAGGUCGAGAUCGAUUUCCUCAACCAGCUGCUGAAGGAGAAAUGAUCCGAUGUGGCGGCCGAUGGCGGACGGUGCCGGAUCGACCAACCUGUGGGUGGGCUCGUGGACGCGGGUGGUUUCCUGUUGGCCUGCUAGGCAGGAAGUCGUGUUGUGACAGUCGGUGGGCAGUGUGAUUAGACUAGACAAAUUAGGGUUUCCCAAAAGUGGAUCCGACACACACAAACACACACACACACACAGUCUUGAGUUACCGUCUCAUUAUAACGUCUUCGGGUUUCGAUAAGUAAUAGUGUAAUGUAAAAUAAAAAUGUAAAACACAUUCCAACGUCCAAUGGGUGGUGUGCGUGACAAGUAGAAGAAGCAAGAUACUAGGAUUAAUCGAGGGAUGUGGUGCGGUUUAGGAUGGAUAUGUGGAUAGGUGUAUAGGUAGGCGAGGGCAUUUGCAAAACAAGGGUAAGAAGAACCAUGACACACGUUUGGUUCCGACGGGCGAGGUUAGGGUCCAGUGGGGAUAUAUGUGAGUCGCCAACCCGUUUGGUGAAUAUUAGAAAUAUGAAACAUAAUUUAAAUUCGUAGUUUGUAAGGAUAUGGGGAAGAUUGUUUUGCAGUGAGCGUGGUCAGUAAGGAGGGUGUGUUUGAAGCUAGCUGGAAGAAGGAUGAACCUGCGUGAAAUAGACCUGAAAGCGCCAAAAACAGAAGAAACACUCGCCAACAAAAACCACAUUGUCAGCAAGGUAAGAUACGAACACAAUUACAGAGUGAAAUACAAAUUACCCUAUUUUUUUGGAGGUAAAAACAGAGAGAAAGGAAUAAUACAAACAGAUGGAACUUUACAACAACAGAGAGAGGGAGAGGGAAAGAGAGAGGAAAAAAAGCUAGAAUAAACGUAUUUAGUAAGUUAGCUAAGGCUAUAUUUUGGGAGAGAGCGCAAUGCAUGGGAAAGCUGGAUUGCUGCUGCAGGGUUUUUCGACGCAUACUUUCGGCUUGGUGUAAUAAUGAUAUACAAAAUACACUAUUUAGUAAAACAAGCGCGGUGAUGAAAAAACAGUGCAACAGAAAGAGUAGAAAAAAGAGUAGAGACAAGAAAAAUAUUUAAAAGAAAUUUGAUUAAAAAAACUCCUUUCUCUCAUGAAGGUCGGUUUCGCAUACAGUUUUCGAUACAGUGAACGUAGCAGUACGGAACAAGCAACUAGACAUUACUAGAAGGAAAACUCGACACAGGAAUAAAAUGGCGCCUUGUUAUUAAAAUUCAAAUUAACUGAAAAGGGGUGGGGACCGGGAGGGGGGAACAAAGAAUCUUCUUUAUUGUUGUUGGAAAGCCCCUUAAAGAAAAUUAAGAAACAGAAAGACUAAAGCAUCGUGUGAAAAGGGUGUAAGAGAGUGGGAGGAAGCAUUUUUCGUUCGAUUUAGUAUUUCUAUCGGGAGACAAACAAAAA